AUGUCCUUCCGCAGCAUAGUUCGUGAUGUAAGGGAUGGAUUUGGAAGUCUAUCCAGGAGAAGUUUUGAGGUAAGGCUUCCUGGCCAUAACAGGGGCAAGUCACGCAGUUCAGUCCACGAGUUGCAGGACCAGCCAGCGGUCAUACAGAACAGCCGGUGGGCUAGCCUUCCGCCUGAGCUCCUUCGAGAUGUUAUUAAUAGAUUGGAAGCAAGCGAGAGUACAUGGCCUGGUCGUAAGUAUGUGGUUGCUUGUGCUGCCGUGUGCAAGUCCUGGAGAGAAAUGUGCAAAGAAAUUGUCAGCAGUCCUGAAUUCUGUGGGAAGAUUACUUUCCCUGUUGCUCUGAAGCAGCCUGGCCAUAGGGAUGGAACCAUCCAGUGUUUCAUUAAGAGAGACAAAUCUAAGUUGACAUACCAUCUCUUCCUUUGCCUUAGUCCUGCCUUGCUUGUUGAAAAUGGAAAGUUUCUUCUCUCUGCAAAAAGGACCAGAAGAACUACUUGCACGGAAUAUAUUAUAUCAAUGGAUGCGGAGAACAUAUCGAGAUCUAGUAGUACAUACAUUGGAAAACUGAGGUCAAAUUUUCUUGGCACCAAGUUUAUAAUUUAUGAUACACAACCACCUUACAACAAUGCUAUGCUGUCCCCACCUGGCCGUAGCCGUAGGUUUUCAAAAAAGGUUUCUCCAAAGGUCCCUAGCGGCAGCUACAACAUUGCCCAGGUCACCUAUGAGUUGAAUGUCCUUGGUACCAGGGGGCCGCGAAGGAUGAAUUGCACGAUGUACUCAAUUCCUGCAUCAUCCCUCGAGCCUAAUGGCGUUGUCCCAGGCCAGCCAGAGCUCCUUGCCCGUCCCCUUGAGGAUUCUUUCCGGAGUGUAUCCUUCUCAAAAUCAAUUUACAAUUCAACUGAGUUUAGCAGCUCUAGGUUCUCAGACAUAACCGGAACCGGCAAUGAGGACGAGGAGGGAAAGGUGAGACCAUUAGUUCUCAAAAACAAGUCCCCAAGGUGGCAUGAACAGCUGCAAUGUUGGUGCCUCAACUUUAGAGGAAGAGUCACUGUUGCCUCUGUAAAGAAUUUUCAGCUGAUCGCCGCAACACCACCAACAGCUACUGCUCCUGUAGGAGCAGGACCUACACCAUCCCAGCCAACACAGUCUUCUUCUGACCAUGACAAGAUUAUUCUUCAGUUUGGCAAGGUUGGCAAGGAUAUGUUUACUAUGGACUACCGGUACCCCCUCUCUGCAUUUCAGGCUUUUGCCAUGUGCUUGACUAGCUUCGACACAAAAUUGGCUUGUGAAUAG